AUGCCCGCGCAAGACAAAUACACCGACCCGGAGCUCCGCGACGAAGUGAAAGAAGAAGUCAAGCAAAGCGAUAAAGGCGGAGCGCCGGGACAAUGGUCAGCUAGAAAGGCACAAUUCAUGGCCGCAGAAUACAAAAAGCGCGGCGGAGACUACAACACAUCCAAAGAAGAAGGGGAGAAGAAGGAUGAGGCCCAGCGGAGUCUAAACCAAUGGACGAAAGAGGAGUGGCAGACGAAGGAGGGUUCAGGGAGUGCGAAACAAGAGGAUGGGACGGAGAAGCGAUAUCUGCCGAAGAAGGCGUGGGAGAAGAUGAGUGAUGAGGAGAGGAGGGAGACGGAUGAGAAGAAGCAGGAGGGGUCGAAGGAGGGAAAGCAGUUUGUUUCGAAUACGGAGAAGGCGCAGAGGGAGAGGAAGGAGGCGAAGGAGGAGGUUGAGGAGGAGAAUGAGGCAGAGGAUGAAGACCAUGGGAAGGAUGAAAAGUUGUCUAGGUCAGGGGAUGAUGGGUCUGAUGAUGGUGAUGCUCAAGGCGAUGACCAGGUGGAAGAUGGCAAGGCUGACAGCCAAGAUGAGGCUAAACUUCAGAAUGGUCGACAAGGGAAAAAGAAUGAAAAGGAUAAGAAGGAUCAAAAAGCUGAGGCUGGCACAAAACGCACCUCUGGUCAAGACAAGACUCCCACGAAGAAGCCCAGAACCCGCCAGGACAGCAAGGCCGAGAAUGGUACAAAAUAG